AUGAAACCAAUGAAUGACACAGAGAUUUCAGAAUUCCUCCUUCUGGGAUUUGCCGAGGACACAGAACUGCAGUCCCUCAUCUUUGGACUUUUCCUCUCCAUGUACCUGGUCACUGUGCUGGGGAACCUGCUCAUCAUCCUGGCCACCAACUCAGACUCCCACCUGCACACACCCAUGUACUUCUUCCUCUUCAACCUGUCCUUUGUGGACAUCUGCUUCACCUCCACCACCGUCCCAAAGAUGCUGGUGAACAUCCAGACACAGAGCAAGGCCAUCACAUAUGCAGGCUGCAUCACCCAGAUUCAUUUCUUUGUACUCCUUAUAGAGUUGGACAUUCUUCUGUUGACUGUGAUGGCCUAUGACAGGUACGUGGCCAUCUGUCACCCCCUGCACUACAUGGUCGUCAUGAAGCCCCAUCUCCGUGGAUUGCUAAUUCUGGUGUCCUGGGUUGUGAGUGUUUUAUAUGCAUUGUUGCAAAGCUUAAUGGUGUUGUGCCUGUCCUUCUGCAUAGACUUGGAAAUCCCCCACUUCCUCUGUGAGCUCAACCAGGUGGUCCAACUUGCCUGCUCUGACACCUUUCUCAAUGAGGUGGUGAUCUAUGUUGCUGCCAUCUUGCUGGGUGGGGGCCCCCUCACUGCCAUUCUUUACUCUUAUUCCAAGAUCGUUUCCUCCAUCCGUGCAAUCUCAUCAGCUCAGGGGAGGUACAAAGCCUUCUCCACCUGUGCUUCUCACCUCUCUGUGGUCUCCUUAUUUUAUUGCACGAGCCUAGGUGUGUACCUCAGUUCUGCAGUGACCCAAAACUCACGUUCAACUUCAACAGCCUCUCUGAUGUACACUGUGGUCACCCCCAUGCUGAACCCCUUCAUCUACAGUCUGAGGAAUCAGGACCUGAAGAGCGCACUGAGGAGACUCUUUGAAAGAGAAAGAUUAAAUGUCAAUUGUCCAAAACUGGAGAAAAGCCCAUGA